AUGUCACAAUAUUCGCUUUCCGCUCAAGUUUUGCUAGCUACCGCUUUAGUCCAGGUCAGUCCGCAUCAUGGUAAUCCAAUCACCACUAAAGUUCUGAUUGAUCAAGGCUCAGAGCUCUCAUUUAUGAGACAGACGCUCUUCAAGAAGCUUGGACAACCGCUACAACGCGACAUGGUCAUGCUCAAGGGCAUUGGCAAUGUCUCCGCAGGAAGUUCACUAGGUGUGAGCACAAUUGAACUUCAUUUGCAGUGUACACCCGCUUCAAUGCAUGUCAGCAUGCAUAUUCUACUACCACUGACUGUAGAUCUUCCAUCGCUCGUGAUCGCUGAUCCGAAAUGGCCGCAUCUUGAGAAUCUCAAGCUCGCUGACCCGCAGUAUCUACAGCCACGCCCUGUAGAUAUUAUUCUAGGUGCAUCACCAGCCGCACAGAUCAUGAACGCAGAGAUUCAACGAGGACCUCGCAAUGCUCCUAUUGCACAAUCCACAACGCUUGGUUGGAUUGUCUAUGGAGCUGUCACCGCUAAACACGCUUCAACAUCACACGCAGCACUACAUGCGUCAGUAGAUACUGAAUUACAAGACGCUAUCGCUAAGUUUUGGGAACAGGAAGAAGUUCCAUCAGGAAAUUCACCGCUCAACACCGCUGAAGAAGACGAAUGUGAAAUUCACUUUCGUCAAACGCAUUAUCGACAGCCUGAUGGACGCUACGUAGUGAGAUUACCGCUUAAGGCCCUUGAGAGUCAACUUGGCGACUCUAUCAACGCAGCCAUGGGGUCACUCCGCAAAUUAAUAACUCGCUUGUCGUGA